CAUUUUCACAGAACAGUGUCCUGUACAGGUUGUACUGAAACGAGAGCGACAGAAGUAGAAGAAGAAUUUUUGCAAAAAUGACCAAAUGACCACAAUUUUUCCGUUUGUUUCCGAAUCGAUCUACUUCUUUCGAAUUGACUCAAUCUCAUAGGAGAUUUUUAGAACAUUUGGCUCGACGAGGUUCUCAUUAUCGAGAAUCACAAUCCGAAUGCUAGAGUUGCUUUCUCUCGUCUCCAGACGCGAAAAGGUGGGUGCCACAGGAAGAAGAGCACUUCUUCUGCAUGACGAAUGUUCAGCCGCAGAGCAACAUAGUUGUAGUACAAGUAGGAGGAUCAAAUCUUCUCCGAAGAUAAGCAGAGAGUCCUACUACAAUCCAACAGUCAGCUGAAGAAGGCCUCGUGGAAAGAGCAGAUCUUCCUUCCUGGCAUUUUUUUACUUGAGGAACAAUCAUCUUCGUCUUCUAGAACUUGGUUCCUCGACGACUACGCGCUUACCUCAGGAUGGCUCCGAAAAAGAAGAACGCUGCCAAGAAAGGCAACGACGACAGUGGCCCCAAGGUGGAUCCCUCAGAGGUGAAGGAGAUCACGGCUGCUAACAUCGUCGUAGGCCUCAUUCAGAGCGUGGAACAGGUGCCGAACGGCACGCUUUUGAAGUGCUUGGUGGAAGUACCGGACAGGGAAGAUGAAGUCUUUAUCAUCACCAAUGCCAAGGUGGAGGAAGGCAUGAAGGUCAUUACGGCGAUCGCACCAGUGCCAUUGCCCAAUGGAGUUCAGGUAAUUUAAUGUGUUUAGUCGUGAAAAAUAUUAGAUUUUUGUUAGUUGUAAAAUAAUUGUUAUUGUGUUUGUAUUUUGAAAUUGAAAUUGAGUGAGAAGGAAAUGAAGUGUAUAAGCUAAGGUUGUCCAAGAUGGCGAACACAUUUUCAGUUCUUGUUUGUUCUUCCUUGUUAUUCCCAUUGCACACGACCUGUAAGUACGAGUUUUUCAUUUUAUUGCACACCUCUAAGUACGAUUUUUUCAUUUUAUUGCCACACACGUCACACUCAGGUCGAAGUCCAAACCAUCGGAGGUUUCGACUCGGAGGGUAUGUUCUGCGGACCAAAGGAACUUCUCUGGCCUCACACAGUGUUCCGCACAGACAUGCCGAUCAUUCUCCCCCAAGCCGAGAUCGGUGAGGUCCCGACCUACGAAGAGUGCCUGCAACUCAAAAACAAACCCAAGGAGGACAACAAGAAGAAUAAGAAGGGUGGCAACAAGAUGAAAGGAGGUGCUAAAGGUGGUGGCGACGACGAUGACGACGAUUUCGAGGCUGCAUUGAGAGCUUUUGGCGUCGUAGAUGAAAGCAAAGGAGCGAAGAAAAAGAAUGCUGCUGCACCUGCUGCGGCAGGAGCUCCUAAUGGUGCGACAGCGACAUCUUCACCGAAGAACAAUGGAGCUUCUAGUGCUAGUGCAGCUGCCCCAGCUUCCUCAUCAGCUGCUGGUGACGACGACGAUGGCGACGACGACGGUCCCACUGAAGGCUUGACCGCUAAACAGUUGGCCAAUCGUAAGAAAAAAGAGGCCAAGAAGAAGAAGGAGGCUGAGAAAAAAGCUGCAGACGAAGCUGCAGCUGCCGCAAAGGCGGCUGAUCAAGGGGCUGACGGAGACGACUCGCCCAACAAGCAAUCCAAGGGUAAGAAAAAGCAGGGUGCUAUCGGUAAACUGCUCGCCGCGCAAUUGCAGGAACAGAAGAAGCUAGAGGAGGAACGACAGAAAAAGAUUGCUGAACUCCAGAAAGCCGAAGAAGAGGAGGAAGCUAAACUCCAAGAAGAAGAGGAGAGGAAAGCAGAACGCGAACGCAAGAAGAAAGAGGAGAAGGCAAAGAAAAUAGAGGAGCAGAAGAGAUUAGGAACCUACAUGACAGCAGCACAGAAGCGACAAGCGGCAGAGGCGGCUAAAGCAAGAGAAGCACUAGGCAUCGACGUUCCGGAGGACCAUCACCCGAAAGGACCGGAGCUGAUCGAAGUCACUUUGACGGACGAGCUGAAGGCGUUCUAUAAUUAUGAAAAUGGGCAUUAACUUCAGUAUCAGUUCUUUGAGGUUGAGGCGUUUUAUAAUCAUGAACAUUAACUUCAGUAUCAGUUCUUUGAGGUUGAGGCGUUUUAUAAUCAUGAAAAUGGACUAUAAUUACUAUCUUUCCUUUUUCUUUUCCUAGUUAGCUUGGCUCCACCCAUAUUAUGAAAAUGGACAUUAACUUCAGUAUCAAUCAGUUCUUUGAGGUUGAGGCUAAGACUAAGACUAAGACUAAGUAUUAGUUCAUCUUCAUCGCAAGACACCGGGCGAUGGAUCAAAAUAUUCCGGUCUACAAUCUUCUAAUGUCCAAAGAAGCUGAGUUUCAAGAAGAAGGAAUGGGUUGUCGACGCCCCUUGCCCAGUUACCGGUGCCGACGUCAAGAAGGGUGAUGCUCUCUUCAAGAUUCAGUCAGACGAAAACGCCAAGGUCACCGACAAGAAGUUUGGCCUCGGCCAAUACCCUACUGACGGCUCUUGUGUCCUGGUUUUUAAGCGCGUGCAGAAAGUGAAUGCCGUAAUAGAUACCACCUCUAAGCACAAGAAGGGCGUGAGUUCUAGUCCACCGCCACAGCAACAGCAAGACGAUAUGCAAGUUGAGGAUGUCGAGGACGAGGAAACAGCAGCUCCAGAUAGCGUUAAGAGGACCCGCAGACGCAGUUGUAGCGGAUCUGUCAAGAGCGGGGGACGCAGUCCAGGCAGAGAUGGUACUGUGGAUGAACCUGCUGACGAGUCGAGUGAAGACGACUGGGAUGCAGACUUGGAUAGC